UGGAGGAGCUCCACAGGUUGUGUGCGGCGUGCGCAUCAGCUGUCUUUAUGUUACACUGACAGAGGCAGAGCCGAAGGCUGGCUGAUUGUACACUAGGGGGAGCUCCUCUCAGUAAGUUCUCAUUGGGAGAGAUGGUCGGGUGAGGCUCCAGUCCACGGACUCUGCUGCAGCAGCAUACAGGGGGACCACAGGAGCGUAGUGCCAUGUCAGUUGCCCAAGCAAGGAUGCCUGAAGGAGGCCUGAAGAAACGUAAUGCCUAUGCAGCAGUUGCUGUAGAUCCAGAUACUGGAUACUGCACCCCUGGGGCAUUUGAGCUGGAGAGACUUUUUUGGCAUGGAGCAGCCAAGUUCACCCAUGUAAAUGAAGUAUUCACCAACCUGUAUAUUGGAGAUGAGAGGACAGCUCUAGACCGUUACGGCUUAGAGAAAAGUGGUUUCACUCACAUUUUGAAUGCGGCACAUGGCCGAUGGAAUGUGGACACGGGAGAAGAGUAUUACAGUGAUAUGACUGUGGAGUACUAUGGCGUUGAAGCAGAGGACCUACCCAAAUUCAACCUCAGCCAGUUCUUCUACCCAGCAGCUAAAUUUAUCCAUACGGCAUUGACCAGCAGUUCCAACAAUAAAGUGCUGGUGCACUGCGCUAUGGGGCGCAGCCGCUCUGCGUCUCUUGUUCUGGCGUACCUGAUGAUUUAUGAGAAAAUGACAAUUGUUGAUGCAAUUGAUCAGGUCCUAAAACAUCGUUGCAUUCUUCCCAACCGUGGCUUCUUGAAGCAGUUGCGGGAGCUGGACAUUCAAUUAGCAUUGGAGAGGCGAGCUGCACGCGACAAUGCAAAGGAGUUUGACAAGAAUGAGUGACGCCAACAAGACAAGAAAAUGAUCAGACAGAAUUUGUAAUGGGAGUUUUCAUUAGAGGAAACUAAGAUCUUGUGCAGAGCUUCCGCCUCCAGAAACAGUAAACUGGCUCCAUCACCUGAACAACUUGCGCUAGUGUCUACCUUCUACAGCAGAUCCAGUGAAGCUUACCUUCACUUUCCCAGCAGCAUACAGCCGUGUCUGAAAGACAACUGUAAACAUCAGCAGUUUGUUGUAUACUAAGCUUGCUAUAUAUUUGGCUUCUGCAGCAAUAAGUCAUUUUUAUCAGGGUUCGUUUACUUACACAGUCUUAUAGAAUAGUAAUAUUAAAUGUACACAUGUACAUCUCAAUAUAUAUCAUAGUCUUACUAACACACCCGGAAACUGCCAACAUCCAGACAAAUACAUACAUACCUGACUUAUAUACUCUUCAGUUUUUAUCAGUGUCCCUGUAAUGCUAAGGGGUCAAUUCAAAUACCUGCGAAUACAUCAAUGUAAUGGCCACACUUUAUGGCAACCUCAACUCGCACGAAGCUGCUUACAGCCCCAUAGGGAGGCAAGCAAAAUUGUGCGAAUUUGGGCUCAGAGUGGGCUGCUAGAUUCUGUGCCGUUGUCGGCAUUUUAUCGUCAGGGCAACUCGCACCCUUUGCGGUUAAUUGGAUUAAUCUCUGUAUUUGGGACACAUAAAGAUGUCUGAGAGAUCACUUGUCUGAAAACUGAAAGUGACUAGUCUACCUACUCCAAGGUGUAGAAAAGGAAAUUUCAUUUACAAAUGUGUGCGUACUGUACUUAUCCGUCAUGCUACUUAAGGUAGUAAAUGUUUACAAUGUAUUUCUACCGUAAAUGUUUAUUAAAAUGUAACAAAAUGUG